AAUUAGGCCACAGAAUAAAUCCGAUAGGCACCAGAAUACACUGCAUGCCGCCGAGGCAUCCAAUUACGCGUCCCAAUUUCAUGAUAACCCUCUUCAUCUCGGUUACAUUCUUCUCUCCUAUCGCUUUUGGGCAGGGAUGCACGUCCUGUGAGGCCCGGAUGCAGCGGGGCCUCACAUCAUUUUUGGAGGUGGUUUGAUGUAUCAGCUCAGCAUGCCGUGCGAUUAAAAGGGUUGCUUUGACCGCUUUAUCUCGUGUUUAUCCUUUCAUCCUCACACCUGAUUCUUUUCAUGUCUUUCUGCGGAUAAGAGUCAUUGACCAUGGCCCUGAAGCAGAAUGGCCUCAAUGGAGGUGCUCAUUUGAGCAGCGACAUUGACUUUAUCGCAACUCCCAAAGCGCCCGCUGACGUACUCUCUACCGGCAAGAAUCCGGGCGUUCCUCUGACCAAUGCAGGUCGUCGCAUUUGUAUCUUGUCACAUCUGCUAACUACUGCGAAUAGUCUCCCGCUAUCAAAAACGCUCCGCUACCCGCCGACGGCCCGGAUACGAACAAUGGUCCAACAUCUUUCUCGGCAUCGCUCUCUACGGCGUUCCCCAAUGGCUAUCAUGGAAACUCGGCGGCGGUCUCAAACUUGCGCUUUUCCUCUCCAUCUUCACCACAGUCCCUGUGCUGGUCGUCAUUUGGACCUUCAUGUCCAAACUGAGCCCGCGAAUCAACGAUAAAGUCCAUCUUCCCGGCCGACCGAUCGAGUUCUACCUCACCUUCAAAACGGACCAACUUCGCGCGCGAUACACAGGCCGCCACAAAGUACCCAUGAGUAAAUUCUUUGAACUUUAUUUCGCAGGCCAAGUCGAUCUCAACGCCGACGCCCUGGAGAUACUUGAGUAUCGCCAUGACUGGGCGACGUUUAAUUUCACCAGCGAGACUUUCAAUUAUAUUCUAUUCACUUUCUUCCCCGAUGUCAUUCUUCAUUUGCGCUCGCAGGACGAAGAGCAGGUUCGCACCAAUUACGAUAGCGGAAAUGAUCAUUACGCUUGGUUCCUUGGCCCACGAAUGAUAUACACCACCGGUAUCAUCUCAGACCCCGAUCGCGAAGAAACACUUGAAGAGAUGCAAGACAACAAACUCGCCAUCGUCUGCCAGAAAAUCAACAUCCAGCCCGGCGACCGAGUCCUCGAUAUUGGCUGCGGCUGGGGCACCCUGGCGAAAUUCGCAAGCUUGAACUACGGCGCGCACGUCACGGGCGUGACUCUGGCACGAAACCAGGUUGAGUGGGGAAACGAUGGUUUGAGAAAAGCAGGCGUUAGCGAGGAGCAGAGCCGGCUAUUGUGCUGUGAUUAUCGCGAUAUCCCGGAGCAAAAGUUUGACAAGAUCACGCAGCUUGAGAUGGCGGAGCAUGUUGGCGUGAGGCGGCUGACGGGGUUCUUUCGGCAGUGUUAUGACUUGCUGGAGGAUGAUGGGGCGAUGUAUGUGCAGAUGUCGGGAUUCCGAAAGGCGUGGCAGUAUGAAGAUUUCAUUUGGGGCUUGUUUCUGAAUAAGUAUAUCUUCCCUGGUGCUGAUGCAUCGACGCCCUUGGCGUUUUAUGUUGGAUGUCUUGAAAGCGCUGGAUUUGAGGUCAAGAGUGUUGAUACUGUCGGUGUUCAUUAUUCCGGAACUCUCUGGCGAUGGUACAGGAACUGGCUUGGAAACGCCGAAAAGGUCAAAGCCAAAUAUGGCGUUCGAUGGUUCCGAAUCUGGGAGAUUUUCCUGGCUUAUUCCACCAUCGGAUCCCGUCAAGGCUCGGCUACUUGUUUCCAGAUCGUGGUGGUCAAGAACCUCAACUCGACACAGCGAAUCAACGGUGUUUAUUCUCAGUAUGGUCUGCAUGGUGCCCUGGAGGCGGCUCGAGCUGCUGGAAAGGCUGUUUUGCCUAAGUGAUGGGGUUCGGUUGGGGGAAAUCAGAUUAUGUAGCAUGAAAACACUGGCGGAUGUGUUUCAGUUGAUAGUUGAGUGCAAGUUUUGAGCAUGGUUUUGGCGAUGUAACUUUAGGUUUUGUCAUUCAAGGACGCCAGGUAACGAGGUCUUGGUAGUUCGAGAGUCUUGAUCUUGAUUUUAUAAGUUUUUAACGUCUCAACCGUGCACAUGUGAUAGCACAGAAUACUCCGCAAGCUGAGAGAACCAAGACACAAUGAGAACGCUAGCAUAGAAUUCGGUUUUCUAGUCAUUAGCUGAUAGCAGCAUAGAGACCAACGACUCCUCCAGCGCCAAUAAGAACAGCCCUCACGAGAUUCAGCCAUCGAAACCUCUCCAACAAACUGCGAACCUUCUCAUCUUCCUCUGCCGUGGAAUCCCUUUCAGUCUGCUCCUGGGGACCACUGAGAUCUGUAAACUCAAAACCUUCACCAGUUCCCUUGACAGACUCCCAGGCACUUCUAUCCAGUGACGUGUCUUGCUCAGCAGCCUUCUCACUUCUCGUUCCACCGAGUUUAUUAUUCUCCUCAAUAAGCGCAAAGUUUGUCGGAAUCAUGAGUUGAGUAAAGGGCGCGAUGCUAAAUGCUAGAGCCGCAGCCGUCAAGAAUGUAUUGGCUUUGAGAGUGUUGGUUGAGAGAGCGUAGAGAGGACCGGUGCUUAGGGAAUUGCGAGAAGAUGCAGAGUAUAUAAAGCCAAUGGUUGAGAGAAGUGAAGCUGAUGGGAAGACGUGUGACCCGCGACUGAACAGCCAUCGGAUACAGGGUAGAGACCGAGAGGCAGGUUGAGAUUGGAGCUCGGGGACGUCGAAGAAUGUCAGGGUUGCGAUACCACCUGACGCCAUCAAGGCAGUGGAGAUAGAGAUGAUUUCAGCCGUCGACAUGUUUCUGAAAA